CCUCCACUCCCCGAAAUCCCCGGCUUAAACCCACGCCUUCCUCCCCCAACCUUCGCCUGCCUCCAAGAAACCCAAUCCCACCACCUGCUGCUGCUGCUCCUGCUCCGGGAUCGAGGUGCGCGCGGCGGCGAUGGCGAUCGAGAAGAAGGGGAUGUCGGCGUACGAGGCGGAGCGGGAGAGGACGGUGGAGGAGAACAAGCGCAAGAUGGAGGCGCUCAACCUGCGCCACCUCUCCGCCGCCGUCGCCCCCAAGACCCCCUCCCCCAUGAAGCACAAGCGGCGCAGGAUCAUCGAGGCCGCGACCCCCGUCCCGUCGCCGCCGAGGAGGUCCCGCCGGCUCGCCCACAUCCCCGAGGUCAAGUACGCCGACGCCUGCGCGGAGGUGGGAGAAGAUAGUGAGAGAGUGGGAAGGUGGUCUCCUAGAAGACGAAGUGGCAGCAUCUACUUAGCAGGAGGUGGAGGUGGACCAAUUUCCAUGAAAGCUAGGAUGGAGGCAGCAAGCAAAGCUGAGGAGUUAGAAUCACAACUUGACCCUGAAUUUCCAUCCUUCAUGAAGCGGAUGCUACAUUCACAUGUGGUGCGAGGGUUCUGGUUGGGUCUCCCAAGCCAUUUCUGUGACACGUACCUGCCAAAGAAUGACUGCACUAUCACUUUGGUGGAUGAGAAAGAUGAAGAGUUCGAGUCCAAGUACCUUGCCUACAAGAAGGGGCUAAGUGGUGGCUGGGCUGGUUUUGCUCUGGAUCAUGUGAUUCGGGAUGGAGACUCGACGGUCUUUCAGCUGAUCAAGCCUACAACCUUCAAGGUGCAUAUCAUCCGAGCUGCUGUUGGUGAUGACAACAACGAGGAAAUGGAGUGAGCACACCUUGCAGCUUCACUGCUAAGAACUAACCUAUCGGUAGAUGGUACUAGUUAGGAGUUGGGUAUGGUUUAAGCUUUAUCUAUCUGGGUCGCCUGUGCGGUUAUGCAUUUUGUUGGUAUGUCCACCAGUUGCUUACAAGAUGGCAAGUAGGAUUUGGAGCGUGGUGUAAGGCUUUUGUGUAUCAGGAUUACCCGCGCAGCUAUGUAAUAUGUUUCCGUGUCCACCAGUACUGAUAAUCAAGUAAUCAGCUAAUUGUGUGUC